CACGAUAAUUUCCGGAAAUAAUCAGAUCGGAUUAUCAAAGAUAUAUCUGAAACAAGUCGCCGAAUGUCUCUAAUCUCCAUGGCUUACGUUGAUCAAUAAAUUAAGAGAGUGUUAAUGAAACCAUUAAUGAGAAGCAUCAUAAUAAUUUCAGAGCGGCGAAUUUGAAUCUAAACCAAAGUAAAUUAGCAAUCCGGUUAACCGCAAGAGGCACUACUUCUCGCGACUAUUGAAGAGCUCUUCGCGUGUUAGUCGUGUCCAUCGCUCGUUUGCUUCUUCUUCAGCCAUAUUUUGCAAAAUAAGAAGAAGAAAAAAAACGAUAUUUUGACGAGCCAAUCCGUGUUGAACUUCGAAAAUCCCGAGAAGCCUCGAUCGAUCUCUGUUCGAUGCUAGUUUAAGGGUUCUCCCUUUCUUUCCCUGUUGAAUCUCUCUCUAUCGCGUUUUCGUUGGACUCAGUUUAGCUCCGAGUGAUGAAACCAAUCUCCCUCACAGAGCUGUUCGAUCCGGUGGCUGGUGUUUGUAUCCCUGAUACGUCUGUGUGGUUCGUACGGUUCUGAGUUUCGAAAUUUCCAAUUUCUUAUCGGAAUCUGAAACUAGUUCAACCAUUUUUUCUGGUUCCGGCGUGCUUGGAUAGAGUAACAACGACAUCACCCUUGUAUCUGAAUAUUUGCAACAAUGUCUGAACUAAAAGAGCGGCUGCUUCCUCCGAGACCUGCUUCAGCUAUGAAUCUCAGGGAUACUGCUGUGUCUCGGCCUUCUGCAUCUGGAAGAACACCCCUUCUUGGAGUUGAUGUCUUGGGCCUGAAGAAGCGUGGACAAGGGCUAAGGUCUUGGAUUCGUGUUGAUACCUCUGGCAAUUCUCAGGUCAUGGAGGUCGACAAGUUCACCAUGAUGCGUAGAUGUGACUUACCCGCUCGUGAUUUAAGGCUGCUUGAUCCCUUAUUCGUGUACCCAUCAACUAUCCUCGGCCGAGAAAAGGCCAUUGUCGUCAACUUAGAGCAGAUCCGUUGUAUCAUUACUGCUGAUGAAGUUCUGCUCCUCAAUUCCCUUGACAACUACGUUCUGAGGUAUGUUGUUGAGUUGCAGGAGAGACUAAAGACAAGUGGUGUAGGUGAGCUUUGGCAACAGGAAAAUGCCCAGUUGAGUAGGAGGAGGAGUAGGAGUUUUGACAAUGGGUUUGAGAAUUCAUCCCCUGAUUACUUACCUUUCGAGUUUAGAGCUCUUGAAAUUGCCCUCGAAGCUGCUUGUACGUUUCUCGAUUCUCAGGCUUCAGAGUUGGAGAUUGAAGCAUACCCGUUACUAGAUGAGCUUACCUCAAAGAUCAGUACACUAAACCUGGAACGUGUACGUAGACUAAAGAGCAGACUUGUGGCAUUAACUAGAAGAGUUCAGAAGGUCCGUGAUGAGAUCGAGCAGCUCAUGGAUGAUGAUGGAGAUAUGGCAGAGAUGUUUCUCACUGAGAAGAAGAAGAGAAUGGAAGGAUCUUUGUACGGUGACCAAUCGUUACUGGGUUACAGAUCAAAUGAUGGUCAGUCUGUUUCAGCUCCGGUCUCUCCUGUUUCUUCUCCACCUGAUUCCCGAAGACUUGAUAAAAGCUUGAGCAUUGCGAGGAGCCGGCAUGACAGUGCAAGGAGUUCAGAAGACGUAACAGAGAACAUAGAAGAGCUAGAGAUGUUGCUGGAAGCUUACUUUGUCGUCAUUGAUAGCACUCUAAACAAGUUGACAUCGUUAAAGGAAUACAUUGAUGAUACUGAAGACUUCAUCAACAUUCAAUUGGAUAAUGUGCGGAAUCAGCUGAUCCAGUUCGAGUUGCUGCUUACGACGGCAACAUUCGUUGUAGCCAUAUUUGGGGUCGUUGCAGGGAUCUUUGGGAUGAACUUUGAGAUAGACUUCUUCAAUCAGCCAGAUUACAGGUUAGAUGAUAUAGAUUCAAGUGCUUCUACUGCUACCGGGAUGAUGAUGAAGACAAACUGUUUCGGAUUCAACCUAAAGAAUCGAGGUGGAGAAAAAAAGAGGGCAUCGAAAUCUUUUAGGGAAGGAGUCAAAAUCGGAUCAGAAGGUCUAAUAACGAUCGCUGUCUCAGUUGAUCCAUUGUUCUUCUAUCUCCCUAUUGUCGAUAACUCAGGAAGCAGCUGUAUUGGGAUUGACACGAAACUAGCGGUUACAACAACGACUCUUAGAACGAUCCUCGACGUCUUCUACUUAACUCGAAUGGCUCUUCAGUUUCGUACAGCGUAUAUAGCUCCCUCUUCUCGUGUGUUUGGUCGCGGCGAGCUUGUGAUCGAUCCUGCGAAGAUCGCAGAACGGUAUUUGACCCGUUAUUUCAUUGUCGAUUUUCUUGCAGUGCUUCCUUUACCGCAGAUUGCGGUGUGGAAGUUUCUUCAUGGAUCUAAAGGAACAGAUGUGUUACCGACGAAAACGGCAUUGUUGAACAUUGUAAUCACGCAGUAUAUUCCGAGAUUCGUUAGGUUUAUUCCGUUAACAUCGGAACUGAAGAAAACUGCAGGAGCUUUUGCUGAAGGAGCUUGGGCAGGCGCUGCUUAUUAUCUCCUCUGGUAUAUGCUUGCAAGCCACAUAACUGGAGCUUUCUGGUACAUGUUGUCAGUGGAACGUAAUGAUACUUGUUGGAGAUUUGCGUGUCAAGUCCAGCCAGAUCCGCGACUCUGUGUCCGGACUCUGUAUUGUGGGAGCAAAUUUGUGAGCAGCGGUGAAACCGAAUGGAUCAAAUCAGUUCCUGAGCUUCUUAAAAGCAAUUGCUCUGCGAAAUCAGAUGAUUCAAAAUUCAACUAUGGGAUAUACGGCCAGGCUAUAUCCUCGGGCAUUGUAUCGUCAACAACAUUUUUCUCCAAGUUUUGUUAUUGUCUUUGGUGGGGCCUUCAAAAUCUCAGCACGCUAGGUCAAGGGCUGCAGACAAGUACAUUUCCUGGAGAGGUUCUGUUUUCCAUUGCGAUUGCUAUAGCUGGGCUUCUUCUGUUCGCGCUUCUAAUCGGGAAUAUGCAGACUUAUCUUCAGUCACUUACGGUUCGUCUUGAGGAAAUGAGGAUCAAAAGACGAGACUCGGAACAGUGGAUGCACCAUAGGUCACUUCCACAGAACCUUAGAGAAAGAGUCAGGCGCUAUGAUCAGUAUAAAUGGUUAGAAACCAGAGGCGUCGACGAAGAAAACAUAGUCCAGAGUUUACCUAAGGAUCUAAGAAGAGACAUCAAACGCCAUCUCUGUCUGAAUCUUGUUAGGAGGGUAAGUUUUCAGAAUCAGAAUGCCAAAAACUGCUUCAGAUUCUACGAGGAACUAAAACUAUGUGUUCUGUUUCUGCAGGUUCCUCUGUUUGCUAAUAUGGAUGAAAGAUUACUUGACGCGAUCUGUGAGAGACUGAAGCCGAGUCUUUACACGGAAAGUACUUACAUUGUGCGUGAAGGAGACCCGGUUAACGAAAUGCUGUUCAUAAUCCGAGGCCGGUUAGAGAGUGUAACAACGGAUGGGGGAAGAAGCGGUUUCUUCAACAGAGGGCUAUUGAAAGAAGGAGACUUUUGCGGUGAAGAGCUUUUGACUUGGGCACUUGAUCCUAAGGCAGGCUCAAACUUACCUUCUUCCACAAGAACAGUGAAGGCACUGACUGAAGUAGAGGCUUUCGCACUUGAAGCCGAAGAGCUCAAGUUUGUAGCAAGUCAGUUUAGGAGACUUCAUAGUCGACAGGUCCAACAGACUUUUAGGUUUUACUCUCAGCAAUGGAGAACUUGGGCUUCCUGUUUCAUCCAAGCUGCUUGGCGUCGCCAUUCAAGAAGGAAAAACGCUGAACUGAGACGCAUUGAAGAAGAGGAUGAAAUGGGUUAUGAAGAUGAGUAUGAUGAUCAUGAGGAACAAGACGAGAGGCCUAUGGUCUUUACAAGAACAGAGUCUUCUUCUAGAUUACGUUCGACGAUAUUUGCAUCAAGAUUUGCUGCUAAAGCAUUGAAAGGUCACAGGCUAAGAAGCUCAGAGAGUUCAAGGAGUUUGAUGAAUCUGCAAAAGCCUUCGGAACCUGAUUUUGAUGCUGAAUAA